AUGCUUCCUUACAAGAGAACUUUUGAGAGCGAAAAACAACAGCUGCAAGAGCUCAACAGCAGACUUACCCAAUAUCUGUCCAGAACGAAGCAGCUGGAGCAGGAAAAUGCGCAUCUGAUCACUGAAAUCAACAAACUGAGACAGGUGAGGAGGCCGGCCCAGUGGGAGCAGAAGUGCAAAGCCGAGGUGCAGGGCCUGCGGAAAAUGGUGGGACAGCUGUCGUUCGAGAAGUCCCAGGCUGAGAUGGAGAAGGAGAAGCUAUGGCGAGAGCUGCAGACGAUCGAGUCGAUGUGCAGCGAGCAGACGGAGGUGUGCCGGGACAUGAACGGGGAGCUGAAAGGCUGCGAGAAGGAGCUCCAGCAAACCCACAAAAUCAACGCGGAUCUCCAGCAGCGGCUUUUUCGACUGGAGAACGAGUACAAGUGCUUGGAGGACGCGCACAGGCGCGAGAUGGAGCACCUCCGGCACCAGGUGGAGUCCCGGGUGGUGCCCGUCAUCACGCAAACUUACCGCGGGCCGCCGGUGGUCUCCGUGGAGGAGGUGCAGGAAUACGCCCGUGGCCUGUCCGAGGGCUGGAUAGAAACAUUUGACAUGUACCAACGGAAGGUAGAGGACAUGGAGCGGCUGAUUAAAGAGGACCAAGCCAAGCUGAGUGAUCUGCAGCGGGAAAAGAUGAUGUAUUCUUCUGAGUUGGGAAAAUUGCACACAGAGGCUGAAAAACAGAGUAAAGUCCAAAUGCAUCUGGAGGAACAGCUGAUGCAUAUGGAAGAGAAAUUCCGUGUGGAUUUAAGCGAAUACGAGAUCAUUAUUGAGCAGCUGCAGCAUGAGAGGAACAUGAUGGGGGAAGCUAUGGCAGAGAAGAUGAGAGAGCAUCAGCACCUUCUCCAGGUGAAGAUGGACCUGGGCAUGGAGGUGGCUGCUUACAGAGCUCUUCUGGAAGGAGAGAGGAUUAAUCUGCAAGAUCCUCAGAGGAGGAGGAAUCAACAUCAGAGGGAACGAAUAAUAGAUAUAAGGAUGCCUGCUCAGCCCUACAUCCCCAAGGCUUCCACCCUAACCACCAGACAACAUAUGGAUGUCAGAUACACGCCACCGACAAACCUGAGAAGGUCCCCGGUGCCCCCCUCUGGGUCAAGAAGUCCCUCAAGGGUCAUUCCCAUUUCAGUUGAAGGGAGGGCUCGUCAUCAGAGUCCAGCAUCCAGGAGGGAUAUGAUUUCAUUCAACAAAGCUCGAGCUGCCUCGUCUACCCUGUCUUCCACCGACAAUCACAAACAAGUAGGCCAGAGAGAAAAGCAGAUGAGUUCAAGUAUGCGGAAAACGGCAACAGAAGAGAAAACUGUGAGGGUCAUAAAUGUCUCUCAAGAGAGCCACAGCAGCAGUCCUGCUGAAUCCAAGUCAGUGAGAGUGGUUUCGCCUCCGAUGAUGAGCAGGAGCGCAAAAAUGGAGACAGAAAGGAAGCAGCAUGUGUCCAGCGAAAGAGAUAGUGGCGCUCAUGAGUUUGAAGACAAAAAAGGAGAGUCUACAUUAAGCUCAACUGAGAAAAAGAUAUUAGACAAUGUAUCUGUAGAAGAGAUAAUUGAGAAAGUAAUGAAACCAGCAGGUUUAGAGGCUAAAGUAUGUUCAUCGGGAGACUCAAAGGUCGUAUAUCAUGUGGAGAAAAGUGAGCAGGAGGAUGGCACGACUAAGACGCAGAUUGUUUUGGAAUCCAAGGUGGAGGAGGAGCUGGAUUUUUCUGAGGACUCUGUCCUGGAUGAGCUCCUGGGCCAGGGAGUAAAGAAGGUGUCACUGGAAGACUUCGAGGACACGGCGACAGGAAACAUGAUCAAGAGUCUGCUAAGCAGCCUUCAAGGAGGGGAAAACCUUCAGAACAAGUCGGUAAACGUUGAAAUCAUUGAGGAGCCAGUAGAGUCUCACAGUGAUGAGGAGACAGAGGUGGACCAGCAAAGCAGGUCGAGUUUUUAUGAGCCCUCAACACACUUCCAUAUCGAGGAGCUAGAGAAUGUCUCUCAUAGCUCUCGACCGGUGAGGGGUGAUGAUGAUGAUACAGUGAAAUCCUCUUUAAGAAGCACAGACCAGUUAAGAUGUGGAUUUGUGCAAGUACAGGAAGUUUCUAGGGAGCGUGGAUCUCCACUUUUUACCCAUGACCAGGAGUCUAAUGAGUAUUUUGUGUCUACACCAGAUGACAACCUUUCAGAGCCGGAGGAAGGUGGAAUAAUGUCAUAUGGUCACUAUGGCAUGGUAGAUGACCUAUCAGAUGAGAGGUAUUAUCAAGAUGAAAGUCCUACACAAAGAAGAGUGGUUGUAAGUGAUGAAUACAAGCCAAAUUCUGGCGAGUUCUUGUUUGGCAGAGAGAAUUUUCCAGAGUGCAUCAUUGAAGAAGAGGUUUGUGUGUCACCAGUUGUACAAGAGUCAGUGCUUGAGUACCUGAGGGAGGACUCUUUGGAGCCGAAAGAGCAGCUGAGGGGAGCUCUUCAGAAGCUACAGAGCUCAGUGUCGGGUCCUCUGAAGGAGGAGUUGGCUUUCCUCUCAAAAGUGAGCAGUGAAAAUCCAAAGAACGUAGCGGUAAAAAAAGUGGAACAGUCAAGUGACAAUGGAACCAUGACAAUAGUUGCAGAGUUGAAUGUUUCUCAGACCCUGGAAGACUCUGGGCUGCUGGAAGAGGGAGAUGAUCUCUCAGAAGAGCAAAUCAUGGCAGCUCUCAGGUCCUCUAACCUGGAUCUUGAGAAAGCCUUCCAAGGAGGGGCAGGAGGAGGAUAUGGUAUCAGAGUUUCCCAGGAAGAGGUCACUCUUGGUGAGGGCUUAGAAGGCUUCAGUAACGAAGGAGCAUCGUCAUCUGAAAUCAUCAAGAAACACGUUGAGUUGGGCCCUGCAGAGAAAUCCUUCCCCUUUAGGAUGGAUGUAAAGGACAGGGUUGUUGAAGCUGCAUCGGAGACAGUUUCCCAGGAAAAGAGAGUUGCAACCCUUUUCCUUCAAAGCCCCACAGAUGACUGA